GAGCGCUUUGGGUUUGUGGAGGUUGUUCUUGGGACUGGCGGGGGGAAAAGACUGGGAUGAGGAAUGAACGGUAUGAGGGGAAGGUGUUAAGUGUCAGGGAACGUUACACAGGCGGCGAGCCGAACUGUCUAGCGAGACCCCUGGCGUCUUCAUCUCAACUUCGGAGAGCCCAGCGAAGCCACGAGAGAGGUGAGGGAGUCAGGGCCCGGAAGUCAGGGGAGGCUCCCGAAGGGAGCUGCCGAACGACGGGCCAGCAGCCAGCGAAAGGACCGCCGGCGCCCUCCCCCGAGGAAGGGAGUCCAGAAAUUGGCGGCAGGCUCUCCCCGGAGGCAGCCGUAUCCAGCAUGCUCCAAGGCCAAAGCUCUGUGCUCCAGGCGCUGCUGGGGACUUUAUUCACAUGGGGGCUGACGGCAGCCGGGGCAGCUCUCGUGUUCGUAUUCUCUAGUGGACAGAGGCGGAUCUUGGAUGGAAGUCUUGGCUUUGCUGCAGGGGUCAUGUUAGCAGCUUCCUAUUGGUCUCUCCUGGCCCCGGCCGUUGAGAUGGCCACGUCCUCCGGGGGCUUUGGUGCCUUUGCCUUCUUCCCCGUGGCCAUUGGCUUCACCCUCGGAGCUGCUUUUGUCUACCUGGCUGACCUCCUGAUGCCUCACCUGGGUGCCACAGAAGACCCCCCGACGGCCCUGGCACUGAACUUCGCCCCUGCGUCGAUGAAGAAGUCUGACACUGAGGGUCCCAGGCUGCUCUUCCCAGAGAGUGAACUUUCCAUCCGGAUAGGUAGAGCUGGGCUUAUUUCAGACAAGAGCGAGAACGGCGAGGCCUAUCAGAGGAAGAAGGCGGUGGCCACCGGCCUUGCCGAGGGCCCUGCCUCACCGGUGCCUCCUCGAGGGAACCCGGCGCAGCCUGGCAGCAGCAGCUGGAGGAGGAUCACCCUGCUCAUCUUGGCCAUCACCAUCCACAACAUUCCAGAGGGUCUUGCUGUCGGCGUUGGGUUUGGGGCUGUAGGAAAGACGGCAUCAGCCACCUUCGAGAGUGCCAGACAAAUGGAUGUCAUUGUUACCUGGAGACCCGGGAACUCUCCAGCUGAUGAGGCAGAGAAUCCGGACCUUCACAGCCAUUCAUUUGGGAAACAUGCCCCUCGGGGGGCCUGCUGCCCUUACAUCCUGGCAUUGGCUGGAUGGAGAGAUGCACGCACGGAUGAAUGAAAGUCUGCUGAUCACUUACCUGUCACCUGAGAUUGUCCGUGAGAAACUGUUUCAUCUUAGUCUGGCUUCACCCACGUAUCUGGCAGACUUUCCACACUUCCCAGGACAGCUGUGACAAAUAACAUCAUUUUAACAAAGGAGCACCCCCCCCCCAGGAAAGAGACAAAGAGAAAUCCGAUUGGUUUGGGGGUGUUCUGGAAGUCAGGACUCUUCACACCUCUGCUCGCUGCGCGUCUAAGGUGACCAUCCGCUGUGUUGGAGUGACCUCGCCAGGAAGCCCAGCAACGGUCAUUCAUCCCCUCCUGCUGGUACGAGAUUGGGGAGCCAUAUCUCACUCUGAAAGAUGGUUUCCCUUAAAGGAUGGGGACAUUCUCUGAUGUGAAUCUCCAACGGCUGUGUGUGCCUACUCACACAUCCAUCCCUCCACACACACAGUUCUACAGAGAUAGAAAAAUGCCUGCGAGGAUUACUAGGAAAUGUGCUCAUUUCAGCACACUGUCCUUCCGGUGGUACCUCUGGGUCAAGCAGGUGGGACUCGGGUGAGCAAGCCCCUGGCAAUCCGACCGUGUCCUUGACUCUUACUGCUUACACCGCAGUUUCCAUGGGCAUUGCAUGAAGAGGGGUGGGGUGUAUCUGGGGUCCUGGCACUGUUGGGCUUUUGUGGGACAUAAAAACAUCCCCUGUGUAUGUGAAGACGGACAUAGAACUGCCACCUUCUAUGUUUUGCAAAGUAAAGACAUUGAAAGAAAGUCACUAUCACAGGCUCUCACCAUUCAUCAGUUCUUUUAUGAGGGAUCUCUCUGUUCAAAAUGUACUCAUCACCAAAGAAAUUAGUUCAUAUACUCGGGAAAAAACAAAGUCCUUUCUACCUUCCAGAUAGGGAUUUACUUGUCUUCAUCUUUCCCGCUCUCUCUCUCUCUCUCCAUUCAAAUUCAGAGCAACGUAUAACAUGAAAAGCUUGUAAUUAUGUUCUUCAUACAGAUUAGUGAGGUUGAGCCCCACUGGACAAUGUAACAAGGGCAUCUUGGCCAUCCACUCUAUUCUACUGUGUAUCAAGCUCUGCUGAAAAUCUUACAGUGUUGUAAACUGUGUUGAAAAUCAGUUUCUCUAAAUCGGGAUGAUGUAUUUGCAAAUAUGUUCCUUUGCGUCCUCCUGCCCUAUCAUCUUCCCCUGUAUACAGAAGCCAUCCCGGAGAGGAAGCAGGGUGACAGAGGGAGGUCUUACCAGGGAUCUUGACACUUGAAUUCCUGGCAUUACCCGGAAAGAGAACACCUUCUCUUGGAGAAGGACCUGAUACCGGAAGGCACUGAAUUCCUUUUAAUUGACUAAUUCUGUUUCUGCUACUGUGUGGAAACGAGGUUCUCCAGGACAGGAUAAUAUCAUAGGAAAAAAGAUUAAUUUUUAACGUACAUCUGAAUUACAGGGUGUAAAUCCUGAUACAGACACACACGGAGUGGAGUGCCUGUUUGCCCGAUGUGGGUUUGGGAUAUGAUCUGAGAGAAGGCAAGGAACAGUGACACAGUCAACCCCAGACCCUUGUGCACCUGCUUCCAAGGCCACCAAGAUAGCAGGUGUCACUCACGGGGAGGGAGAUAGAGCGCCUCCCACCAACAGCUGCUCGCAUGCGCAGGGCACGGUGAGACAGGCCUGUGAGAAGGCAUGGGGGCGGGGUGUGGCUGGUGCAGCCCCCGCCCCUCCCCAGUCUAGCGCACCUCAAGAACACGUGGAAUAUUUAAGAGCAUGGAUCCCGGAGCUAGACCACCCAGGUUCAAAUCCUGGCUCUGCCACUUGCUGUACAGCCUGAACGGGUUGGUUUUUGUUCUGUGCCUCCAUUUCCUAAUCUACAAAUUCCCACAAUAUUAAUAAUCAUCAAUAGUCAUAGUAGUAGUAGUAUCGAUAACAGUGUCUUUGGCCUGCCCACUGCAGACACUCCAGAUAGAUGCCCAGCCCAUUCCUGUCCCAGCCCAUGGUCCAGGACAAGAGCUCCCAGCCCCCUGCCUCCCAGAAGGAGAACUGGUUUGGAAGUGGCUUCCACAGUCUACAUGGGACCACACAGGCCUGGACGCCCCAGGCCAGGAAUGUGGGGGUCUCUCGGUGUGUGUGGCUGGCCCUGACAUUGCUUCUGUUGACCAGUGCCUUGGGCCCCCUGCCUAGCAUCCUUUCCCUGACUUCCCCUUGGCCCUCCCAGGCUGAUUUUCCGGUCAUGUCUCAGCAUGGAGUCUUCAUGCUCACUGUCCCUUGCUCUGGGACUGCUCAGCCUUUAUUGUGCAGCAUAUGCUUUUCUCUGUCCUGCACCCUUGCCUGGAAUGGAGCCUGAGCCACCUCUUCUGUUCUCUGCACGGGACCCAGGUCCGGGCUGUGCAUGGUCGGCUCUGCACCCGGGAUGGUGGGGGUGGGGGUGUGGUGGUUGACAGCCUGCCCGGAAUUCUGUAGAUGGUUUCGUAAUGGACAGCCCCUGCCAAGGGCAUGAGCCACUUCCCCGUUGCCCCACAAUUCCCUGGACUCCUUCUAGACCUCGAGUGGCUUGUCCCAAGCUGUGCAGGGGGAUGGACAGGGCGGCAAUGGGAACGGAGGAGAGAAAAGUCUGUGUCGUCUCCAGCGCCUGGGAAAGCCACAAAGAAACCACACUGCUGUUCUCAAAGAGCUUUGUAGGGUCCGUGCCUCCCCCCAAGCCCGCCGCAGGCUAAACAGAGCACACGUUGUGUGGAGAUCGGUCCCCCGUGCCAAGAUGUCCAACCCUGUCGCCAGGGACUUGGGUGGGGGUGGCUGGAGGCAGUGGUGGGGGAGGAGGGGGCCACAGUGUAAACGGCCCCUUGUGUGGCCGACAGGGAGAAGUGGCUGCUCCCAGACAGAGGGCGUCGCCUGCAUGGGUGCGUUUGGAGGGGCCCAUCACUGCCCCCGUCCGGCCUCCCAAAGCAAGGAGAGGUGGAGAUCCGCAGCAUCUUCCAGAGCAGACGCUAAGGGAGCUCUAGGCAUGGCUUGGUUGGGGUGGUGGUCUUCAUUUCGGUUCGUUUGCCCUUGUGACCCUCUUAGGGUCGGCUGUCGUAGUCCUCGCUGCCAUCCCAGGAUGGAGACGAGGACGCAGAGCCUGGGAACUUUGUGUGAGGUCAGGCUCAUGGCAAGUGGAAGACUUAGGGUUUUUUUUUUUUUUAAAGAUUUUAUUUAUUUAUUUCACAGAGAGAGAGACAGUGAGAGAGGGAACACAAGCAGGGGGAGUGGGAGAGGGAGAAGCAGGCUUCCUGCUGAGCAGGGAGCCCGAUGUGGGACUCGAUCCCAGGACCCUGGGAUCCUGACCUGAGCUGAAGGCAGACGCUUAACGACUGAGCCACCCAGGCACCCCGAGACUUAGGGUUUAACGGAGGUCCGGCCAAUGCAGAAGCCCAUGUUUAGCCACCACCCCACUCCCUGCCUCUGGCAGCCCCGGGACAGUCAUGAGAGCUGACACUGACGGAGUGCUUUCCGUGUGCAGACCCCGUGCUCCUCGACUUGUGUAUCAGCCACUGCUUGAGGCCCCUGUGAAAUGGCCAUCCUCAUCUUACAGAUGCAGAACGCGCCCGGAAACACACGAGGAAAGGGCAGAGGUCGGAUUUGCACCCCGGCAGUCUGGCUCUGGUGCCUGUGCCUUAAAUCACUGCCCCCCAAGUCACCUACCUGCCGUGACCACAGAGACUUCAAAACUGACCCCCCAGAGUGGUGCAGAAAAGAGUUUCUGCUUAGUUGUAAAAAAAAGCGUCUAACGCCCUAUGCAGAGGCCCUCCAGUUGGCGGUAGGAGGUAUGAUUCCAUUGUCAUACGCCUCUCUAACAUCCUGUCUCAUUGGGCAUGUUGGGAAUUAGAGGCGCAUAUAAACUCUCCGCAGUGAGGGACAGACUUUCUAGACAGUCCCACGGGCAGCAAGUGUUUAUGUCAAAGGUCAUGCUGCCCGUCCCUGCAGUAAGAACCCUUACCCCUUGCCUGGUGUCUCCGUGCAGCCAGAUGCUGAGGGAAGGAACUGGGGAGAGGAGAAAGCUCCGAAGAGAGAGGACAGAAAUCCUCUGGGUGGCCAUGAUGUCAUGAUCCACUUCCCCACCUCACCUCCUGGAAAGCAUGGAUGGUUGGGCUACGUCACUGGGAAGAUAGAGCAAGUUACCUGUCCUGUGGGUUCCAGAACAAAAGGAGGUGACAGGCUGCUUGGAAAGAAGCCCCGGGGUUUUUGAGCGAUGGUGUUGUGGUCGAAUUGUGUGCCCCCCCGAAAGGUGUGUUAAAGUCCGAGCCUCCCACACCUGUGAAUGCCAUCUUACUGGGCAAUAGGGUCUUUCCAGGUGUAAUUAGUUAAGAUCAGGUCCUGCUGGAUUGGGGUGGGUCCUAAAUCCAGUAUGACCAGUGUCUCUACAAGAUGAAGAGAAAAGACACACACACAUGGAGCAGAGUGCCCCAUGACAACACAGAGAGGGAAGACUCCGGCCCCAUGAAGGCAGAGGCAGAGGUUGGAGUGAUGAGUGAAGUAGCUACAAGCCAAGAAAUGCUAAGGAAUGGCAAGAGCCGCCAGGAGCUGGGAGAGCCAAGGGAGCAUCCUUCCCCAGUGGUGUGGGAGGGAGCGUAGCCCUGCUGACCCCUCGACUCUGGACGUGUGGCCUCCUGAGCCGUGAGAAUAAAUCUCUGUGGUCCGAAGCCACCCUGUUAGUGGCACUGGGCUCCGGCGACCACAGGCAACUCACACGUCGGGACUCCGCCCUCCCCAUCUGCAUCCUCUCCAUCCUCAGACCCACUUGGUUUUCUUCGGCUCCACCCACGGAGGACGCGGAGCCCGGCACGCCGCUUCUGAUCCACAUUGCUCUCUAUCCGGAUGCAUGUUUGUUUCCCUCACCCCCUGGGGAGCUUUCAUAUAUAUAUAUUUUUUUUAAUUUCAGGAGGAGGUUAUGGUUCUGUUUUGUUGGAUUCCUUAAGUCUCUCUUGGUUCAGUUUGGACCAAACUGGAGGAAAGCGGUGGCUUUCUUCUUUGCUCAGCAGCUGCCUUCAGACAUGGGCCCAUGGGAGAGUCAGGGCUGUCCCCCGUAUUGGAGCUAUUAAACUGUCGUAAGAAAGAGGCCUUUGUCGUGGGGAGCACAGCACUCGGCUCAGAAACAGAGACAGAUUGUGCUAGAAAACAAACAACAACAACAAAAAAGGUUCAACCACAGAAUUCUUUGGGGCUUCAGUCAUCAGCCUGUCGCUUGUUCUUAAAAGACAAAUUUGCUUUCCUCGGUGUAAUUCCAUCAGAUAGGCCGUCGGGCUUUAAUUCUGCCCAGACCCGGGGCUGGGGGCCCCGCCCAGACCACCUACACCGAGCCUGCAUCCCACUCCCUGCUGGGGUGACCACCCAGAGAUCCACCCCCACCCCCCACCCCGGGGCCCGGCUGCUCAGGGGGCUGCACAGGAGGGAGAACAAGGACCUGAGUCCACUCAGGGAGAAGCACUUGGAGAAGCCACGGAGGCCACGUUACAGGUGCUUUAGCCCACGAGUGUGAACAUUUUCAGAACUUUGCAUUCGACCUGGGAGAGCCUCAUUUUAUGCAGGAGGAAAACGGAAAUAAAGUGACUUGCCCAAAGCCCUCCCCCAACCCCGCCCCCACCGUUCACUAAGGUCAGACCAUACCUGCCCGCCGGGGACCAGAGGCCAAAAUGCCCCGUGUCCCCACAUGACACUCAGGGACUGCCGUGGGCCCUGAGGCCCGGAAUAGCUACUCUUCUGCCCGUUGGCCACAGAGCCUCAGCCACUUCCAGCCAGCUCCCCACUUGACCACCUCCGAUCACAGCAGAGUUAGCAUCCCCGGUGCUACUCGGUCGGCCAGCACCAGGCGCCCCCCAGACCCUGGGCCACAGACAAGAUGAAGACAGCUGAGGGAGGUGCUUCACCUGGGCCUCAGGGAGGGGUCUGCAUCUGGCCGAGGAAGUCGGGGUUUGUCGCUUCUGUCUUCUCUAGAUCCCAGAGCGGCGCUUCUUGACCCCUGGCUCAGGACCAGGCGUGACAGUCACACCCCAGACAGGGCCCACGGCGGCAUUGUGAGCACGCUCCCCUGUGCUGUGGGUGCGACAGGGAGGAGGGGAGGGAAGCCCCCCGUCUCAGCUGUCCCUCGUGAAGGCGGAUAUGCUUCCCCAGCCCGCGUCUCUGGCCGGAGGUGAGCAUUUCAUUACAGACGAGCGACAAGGAAGGAAACGCCGGCUUUAUUUUCCAUGAGGGCAGAUUAUUACAUUACCUUCAGGACUUUACACAAAAUGAAAAUGCAGGGUCCCUUGUUCAAAGAGGGGAAAAAUGGGGCGCCUGGGUGGCUCAGUCAGUUAAGUGUCUGCCUUCAGCUGUGAUCUCGGGGUCCUGGCUCAGCGGAGAGUCUUCCUCUCUCUCUGCUGCUCCCCUCUCCCCACCAGCUCGUGCUCGCACGCGCGCUCUCUCUCUCUCUCUCAAAUAAAUAAAAUCUUUUUUAAAAAAAGAACAGGAAGGGGCGACUGGGUGGCUCAGUUGGUUAAGCGACUGCUUUCGGCUCGGGUCAUGAUCCCGGAGUCCCGGGAUCGAGUCCCGCAUCGGGCUCCCUGCUCCUUGGGAGCCUGCUUCUCCCUCUGCUCCUCCCCCCUCUCAUGUGCUCGCUCUCUCUCAUUCUCUCUCUCAAAUAAAUGGAUAAAAUCUUUAAAAAAAAAAAAAGAACAGGAAAAAAAAGUUUUUUCCUUUUUCCAUGAGGUCUCUCUCAGCCCCUCACGGUGUUUCGUUUUGUUGUAAAAUUUGUUAAUUGCAGUAAAACAUAACAUAGCGUAAAAAUCUACCGUCACAACCAUUUUGAGUGCAGUCCGGCGGCAUUCCGUACAUUGGCACUGUUGAACAACCGUCACCACCAUCCCUCUCCAGAACUCUCAUCUUACAAGAUGGAAACUCUGUCCCCAUUAAACAAGAGCCCCCGAGCCCCCCUCCCCUGAGCCCCAGGCCCCCACUAAUCUACUGUCUCUGAAUUGACUACUCCCUCUAUACCUCACAUGAGUGGAGUCGUUCGGUCGGUUGGCCCUUUGUGCCCGGCGUAUUUCACAGAGCCUGAGGUCGCCAGGAUGCAUCCGUGGUGCAGCAGGUCAGAACUUCCUUCCUUUUUAAGGCUGAAUAAUAUCCCACCGUCCGGCCAUACCACAUUUUGCGGACCCAUUCAUCCGCCCGUGGACACCCGCCUGCUCCCACCUCUUGGCUCUCAUGAUAAGGCUGCUAUGAACAUGAGUGCACGAAUCUCUCUCCAGGACCCCGAUUUCAAUUCUUUGGUGCAUAUACCCAGAAGUAGAAUUGCUAGAUCACAGGGAAUGAUUUUUUGAGGAACUUUGCCCUGGUGUUUCUUAUUUGCCAAUUAAUGUUGGGCCGCAUCAAGCACACAGGUUCUGCCCAGAGGAGCGCAGACCCUCACAGGCUCCCAGGGCCCAAGCCCUGGACCCUGACCGGGUACUGGGGGGGUGUGCUUCCAACCUGAACUUCCUGGUCCCCCAGGCCCCUGAGUGGCUGUGCUGUUCGCUUGGCCCUUCAUGAGGGAGAGUAGAAAGGAACUGGGGAGAGACAGUGAGGCCAGGUGAGGUGAUUUGGAAUAUGUGCAUAUAAAGAUCUGUGAUUCCAGACUUUUCUGUCAGUUGUUUGGCCAAACGAACCUUUCAUUGUUGGCCUCAUGCAUCCAGCCACAUUCCCUCUUCAGGUAGAUGGGAAGCUCCGUGACCCCAGAUCUGAACCUGGGGUAGUGACAGAAGUGCACAUCAUGGGCUCCAGGGGGGUCCCGCCUUCCUGCCAGUCUGGGGGCAGCAGCUCCGUAAACACAACGGGGUCUUGUCUGGAGCCUAAGCACAGCGUUCACACUCACGCUUUCUUCUCUAAGCCUCAGUUU